AUGCAUACUCCGUAUUGUCUCUCUCAGUCCUCUCAGUCCUCUCAGUCCCUGUCUCGCGCUCUCUCUCUCUCUGUCUCCCUCCCUCCCUCUCUCUUCUCCUGCUCCCGUUCUAACGAAAGGCGGUUCCAAUGUCACUCAGAAGCGGCGCGGGCGUUGCGGCACAAUAACCAGAGCAUGCGGCGAAGCCAAAAAUGUUAUCCACUUUCACCAUUGUACCGCCUGCACGCGCAGGUGGUUCACCAAGGACGCGCAGGCGGCGACGUGCCCAGUCCCCAUGGUGCACCGAGCCAGCUAGCGCAGCAUCCCAUCCAUCAAUCACACAUCACCCCCCAGGACUCGAGCACCCCAGUACCCGGUCGGUUAGACUCCUGCUUGAGGGCCUGCCAACGGGUGGCGGAGACCCGUGGAUGGAUGUACGUACGCACGAACCACCUGGCUUCGGUCAAGGCCUGGACUAACCAUCUUGGACAACAACUGGCGAGAGUGUGGGCAUCAACGUGUGUUGAUUGGGGCAUAUGCGAGAGAAACCUGGUACAAGACAACUUAUCCACUGCGUUGGGACUAAGAAAGAGGUACCGGCAGGGCAGGAUCUUGCUUGAUCCGGCUUGGGUGCCUUGA